AUGGCUCCAGCACCAGUACUCACGACGACAGCGACGAAUCGUCGCUGCGCGUUCAUCGUCGCCGACGAUGAACGCGCUUGGGCAGCUGAUGUUGCUCAAUCGGCUCACACUCCUCAAGAGUGUGAAAUCGACGGCACUGUAGCUGAUGGGGUGGCACACGCCUUCGGAGGUGGUUCUACGAGCUUCUCCCCCGCAGAUUUCGGUGCUACAGAAUUUGGCUCGUGGUCGGAAUUCUUCUCGCAUGUGUAUGCCUAUCAAUCAAGGACGUUCCAGCGUUUCCGCUUUAGGACUUCUAAAACCGUGAAAGCUCGUAACAGUAAGGUGCAUGACCCAGCGGAUAAAGUCCCGGAAUCGUUCGAACACUACGCAAGAGGUCUCGAAUGUAUCCAUGCAGGGAAGUACAAGUCGAGGGGACAGGCAAACGUCUUCGACAGCAAAGUUGCCAGAUAG